CAUGCUUUGCGCAGUCGUAGAUGGCUUUGAGCGGAAGUCUUCCGAAAGAGAGAGGGAGAUUAUUUGACGUCCUCCUCGAAAUUCAACUUUAUUUAUUCAGCGACAUCAUUGAAUAAAGACCGCAGUCUUUGUAAUCCGAACAUGCCAAAGAAUAAAGGUAAAGGAGGUAAGAAUCGGCGGCGUGGUAAGAACGAGAACGAGUCAGAGAAGAGAGAACUGGUUUUCAAGGAGGAUGGCCAGGAAUAUGCCCAGGUGAUAAAGAUGCUGGGAAAUGGGCGGCUAGAGGCCAUGUGCUUUGAUGGGGUCAAGCGGCUUUGCCACAUCCGAGGAAAGCUGCGGAAAAAGGUUUGGAUCAAUGCAUCUGACAUAAUCCUUGUUGGUCUUAGAGAUUACCAGGACAACAAAGCAGAUGUCAUUUUAAAAUACAAUGCAGAUGAGGCUCGCAGUCUUAAAGCCUACGGAGAACUUCCAGAACAUGCUAAAAUCAAUGAAACGGACACAUUUGGACCUGGAGAUGAUGAUGAGAUUCUGUUUGAUGAUAUUGGUAAUGACGAUGAGGAAAUUGAUGACAUCUGAGUCACAACUGCUGGUGGGCUGUACUGUUUACACUGAGAAGAGAAAACGCUUCCUUGUUUGGGAAAAAUUGCAACUUGGGCGUAAUUGAUGCCCUAUAUCCUACUGCAAGCUCCCUCAGAGAAACACUCGGAGGCUUAUUGCUCAACUCUAUCUGUUUCUCUCUCUUUAGCACGUAAUCUGACUACAAGUCUACUCCGAGCAUUCUGACGGUCACAUAAAUCUCUUUCAUUCACAUUUAAUGACAACAACAAAACUUAGACUGCAUAUUUUUGUUAUGGUUUUAAAGUAUUUAUAUUGUAUUCCACUGUAUGUGGUGGAAUUUAAAAUGCAAGGAAAUGCAGAAUCUACAAUAAAAAGUCGAGCCUUUUAUCUGUUUGGACUGAACUUUAUUUCUUAUAUUGUAUAUUUGCUUUCUUUUUUUCUGUAUUUUUAUUUUUUCUCCAUAUACACUGUCUCUUCCCCAUGGCAUUUGCAUGCAUUUCUGCUGUGCCUGAAAUAAAAAUAUAUAUUUUA